AUGGUGUAUAUAUGCAAAAGACGACUUUCUCGUCAUCGUUUUGUUACAAUUUUACUGAUUUUAAGCUCAUUUUCAAUAAUAUUAUACCUAAUUCAAUCUGAUCCAACAAUAAUUAAAGCAAUUACAAAUAUAAAAGGUAAUGAUGCACGUCUCUUCUGUAUUUUAAUACAUACAGAUUCAAAACAUGAACAAUUUAUACAAUUAAGUAAUAUUACAUGGGGUCAACGUUGUUAUAAGACUGGUAUUGCAAGAUUUAGACGAGAACAAAAAUCGGAUGAUGACUUUGAUGUUCCACAAUUAUCAUAUUAUGUAAAUUUAUGGAAACGUAUUCUUAUUGUAAUGCGUGAUUCUAUAAGUUCAAAUGAAUAUAUUUCAAAUAAUGAUUUAUUAAUCAUUGUACCUGCUCCAACAUUUGUUUUUCAUGAAAAAUUACCAUUACUUCUAAGUUCAUAUUCAAAUGAUUCUCAACUACCAUUAAUUAUUGUUCAUGAACAACAUGAAGCAAGUGCUUAUAUUCUAAAUGGUCAAGCUUUGGAUCUUAUACGUAAUACUCAAUUAAUGGAUUCAUGCUUACGACAUUUACAUCCAGCUGCACGUGAAAAACAUUUAUGGAAAUGUGUACGAGAUGCAUUUCAUGAACGUUAUACACAGACAAAAUGUGAAAAUGAUCAAUGUUUUAUUCAAUAUCAUGAAGAUCAAGUGACAUUAGCUCAUAUUAAAAAUGGAUAUUGUUAUGGACAAUAUCUUCAUAAAUGUCGAUCAUUGGCUUUAUUUUAUCCAACUACAGUUGGUGAUUUUAUAACAUUAGAAUUUUUUAAAUAUAGAUUAAAACCAAAACCUUCACAUGAUUUAUUAUAA